UGCCUGUUUACAUCCCGAACAUGAGCCUGAACGCAGCAGAGACGCGACGUUUUUACAAAUAACCGAAGCUUUGCAUUGCUAUCGGAGCGUUGUGCCCCUUCUCCCGCUCGAGGGCCCCUAACAAGCCCCUUACUUGGAGGGCUCCACAGGAGCUCGCUCCUGUUUGGCCAGCAGGCUGCCUCCUUGCGGCUGGCCCAACUGAAAGCCCAGCUAGCUGUGACGCAGAUAAACAAUGCUCUUGCUGUUGGCAGCCGAGCCGCGACUUUGACCUCCAACUCUUCUGCUGCCUACAUACCCACAACACCCCCCUGCCCAACUGCUGCGGCCAUCAACCUCCUUAACCUUCUGAAGAUCGCAAACACCAUGUCCCAUCCCCUGUAUAACCCCUAUGCCUCUGGGAACCAAAGACCCACCCAGGGGCAGUAUGGACUCUCCAGUGGACAGGCAGAGAGGGACCCUCGGGCUGCACCUUCUCACCUUGGACCCGGGUCCAGCUUCAGCUCUUCUGGAUCUUCUUCUGUGACUUCUGCCAACCCUGGGGGAAUAAUUCCAUCCCUGCUGUCUCAGUCAAUGAGCUACAGGCCUGAACAGAGUAGGGCCAUAAUGGACGAUAACUUAGAGAGGUCUAUAGACAUGCAUAUUAGUAGAGCCAGAGAGGAGGUGAGGCUUCUUGGCAAACCAAUGCAUCAGCCCAUAGACUCUCGAUUUACUAGCACUCAAAGGGAGUUUCCCUCCUCAGGCCCAGGGAUGGUCUCCUUCCCAAUAUCCUCAACCCCUGCCUCUGUAGGACCCAGAUACCCGAGAGUUGAAAGUGGCAGUAGCUCCUCUGACUGGUCAUCGAACUACGAAAGGCCCACUCCAGAUGAACCUUCUAAGUUUUAUUCAUCGUCUGCUUCAUCUAGCUAUGCCAGCGGGGUCGAUGGUAGGUUUAAUGCUUCCAGUGAAAGAGAACGUGUGAUGCCGUCCAUUCCAGGGUUAGGUGAUUUUGAAAAUCCAGCGCCGGACAAGCCCGCGGCCCCUGCUGACUCCAGCCGAAACAAGUACACCUCUGAAUCAGCUUGUAACAUCCUUCUGCAUUUUGGACUUGAAAAAGAGGACUUGGAACAUCUCAUCUCGUUCCCCGAAGACCAGAUCACCCCCGCGAACCUGCCGUUCAUCUUGCGGCAAAUCCGCAUUGAGAAGACCAAGCGAGAUACAACUUCAGCUCAAUCAAAACCCUGCCCCGAACCUCAACCCACCAGAAUGAGUCAUUCCGGAGGGGCAGCGAUGCGACAGGAGGAAAUGCCAUCGGCUGUUCUCCAGCCCGGCAAUGUGAUUGACUAUGGACAUACAGGGAAAUAUACUGGAGGGGCUGGGGAUGUGUUUGGAAGGACCAGUGGCGGUAGAGAAAACAGUGGUGGGAGUGGAAGUAUGUUGCUGAUGGACACUUACGAUAGUAGCAGACACGGCCGAGAACCACUGCAAAAAACCGAGGUGAAAAGCAGUUCCUUGGGUUUUUGUCGUGAGCAGGCGAGUUCUGUUUCCAGUUUCAGCUCUUUGCACAGUUCCACACAGAGCUCUGUGGCUCCCCCGAGCAUUGACCAGACUAAACGAUUGCAAACCCAAACAAUCAUCAGCCCUUUCUAUAUGAAAGACACAGACAUCAGAGUUGUCAAGUCUGAAGCCUCCAAACCCGCUCCGUCGAAAGAACCAGCGGCAGAUCGCCAGUCAGCAUCGAAUACCGAACCCCCUCCUUUGUACCGUGGUUUGCAUCCCGGUAGACCUGGCCUUGUGCUCAUUGGAAACAAUGACACCAGUGGCAAUAAGAAGCAGAGUAAAACUCCAGGACAAGGGUCAACCGUUGCCGAGCAGAUGACAAAGCAGCAGACGCAGCAGCAGCAGAUGCAGAAGCAGCCGGUGCAGCAAAUGCAGACGCAGCCGGUGCAGAAGAUUCAGGUGCAGCAGAUGCAGAGGCAGCCGGUGCAGCAGAUUCAGAAACAGCCGGUGCAGCAGAUGCAGAAGAAGCCGGUGCAGCAGAUUCAGAAACAGCCGGUCCAGCCGAUGCAGAAGCAGCCGGUGCAGCAGCAACCGAAGCAACAGACUCCGAAGCAGCCAGUAUCGCAGAUGGGGCAAGCCAUGUGGCCUCCAUUUUUUUCUGCCGCAAAACCGGUUCCCCCUGCAUCUCGCAUGCCCAACAUCACUGACGCCAUGCAACGUCCUGUGUUCAUCCCGGGCGGUCCUCCCCCCACCGUUGGUCUUCCAGCUCUGCCUCGGCCCAUUCCAGAUCUGAUGGACCUCAUUCAUCUGACGAUGCCACCUUCCAACAAGCCGCCUCCGGUAUCGACUGCAGUCUCCAAGGGUCUGCCAACAGCGGCCAUGAUGCAUGAUUAUGCAGCGGCCACACCCAGAGCCUUUCCACAUACCUGUUGUCUGUGUAAAAGAGAAUGUCUUCGUAUGAAGGAUUGGAUCUCCCACCAGAACACCACCCUUCACCUUGAGAACUGCACACUCCUCCGUACACGAUACCCUAGUUGGGAUGGUGAAAUUGCACUCCGCUCUACGGGUAAAGAUGCAAAGCCCUCGCCCUCAACCUCUUCACAGACUUCCCAGCAUCGCCAGAAGGCCAGGCAUGGAAGCCGCUCCCGUUCCAGCUCCCGCUCCCGCUCACACAGUCCCCGUCGGUACAAUCGCUCAGAUGGCAGACGGGAGAACCGCAGCCGGCGGUCACGAUCACGAUCGCCGUACGCCUCCAGAUACACUCGCAGGUCCCGGUCUCGUUCUCACUCCCCAUGGUAUGACCGCCCUACUUCCUCCCGCUAUUGGUCACGUUCAAGAAGCCCCGAGAGACGCUCGUCGCCAAGGAGAAGAGACGACCGAUGGUCACCUCCGAGGAGGAGCCGUGAGAGACGAACAUCUCCGAGGUGGAGCGACGAGAGACAUUCGCCAUCAUGGAGGAGCGACGAGAAACGAUCCCCCCAACGGAAGUCGAACAGUGCAGAGAGCCUGGUUAAGAAACUGCUGGAAACACCAGCUGUCCAGUCUCUGUCAAAACAGUCGGACCUGGCGACUAUGGUUAAAUCUCUGGCUCCCGCCUUAAUGGCCGAGCUAUCCAAGAUGAAGUCCUCGUCAUCGUCCUCAUCCUCUUCAGCAAAGAAUAAGGAGACGACCAAAAAGCCUUCUAAACAGAGUCCCAGCCUGCAGAAGAGCGAGUCCGCUAAGUCUUCGCUACCAACCGAGGUGAAACUGGAAGGGGUUCAUAGUUAUAUCUCUCACAAUGACGUGUUGGCUGCUGUGGAGAGCAUUGGAAAAACCGAGUCCGUUGUACUCUUCCGGUCCAUACAGGGGGCAAUCGUGAGAUUCGAGAAAGAAGAAGAUGCAAAGAAACUGAAGAGCCUAAAGAACCUCGAUGUGAAAGGAGCAAUGCUCCCCGUUGCCAGAGAAAGGGAGACUGUUCCCAAGGACCAAAAGAAGCCUCCCCAGAAAAAACCUGCCACGUCCAGCGUUUCCACACCUCCAAACACUUCCACUACCACAAGAAAGGUUCUUCUCCCUACACCUGACAUGCCUCCACUUGAAUGUCCCAAAAGGCCUCCAUUUUCAGCUCCUGGAGCCAAAAAAGCUACAACAGGCAAAUUCCAGAAAAGUGCAGCGAAAGGCUCCGCAAAAGUCUUGGUUUCAAAAGCGAAAAACGUCUCGGCCAAGCAGGCAAAUAAAAUGGGUAAAACAGGGAAGCUGCCUGUGAAGGGACCUGUGAGAAAGAACAUGAGAAAACCCAUAAAAAAGCCUGCGAUAAAGCAAAAAACAUCACCACGAUCCAAGUCCACGACUGAAACCAAGGUUCAAGCUGCGCUGAAAGACACAGCUAAGGUGCAUGACAAAGCAAAUGACGCUGAACCAAUGGAGAUUGGCGUAAUGGGAGUUCAAGCGUUGGAGCCCAUGAAAGCUGGAAGUUGUGCUUGGGAAGGAGAAAAACGGACAUCUACGGAGGCUGCACCAGGAAGUUCAGCAGACAAAUCCAGUGAAGGUCAACCACCAACCAGUAAAAUGGAUACAGGUCUAACAGGAAGCUCUGUCAAAGCUUCACCUCAUGGCCAGCAAAGCACCUUGAAAGAACAAGAGUCCACUGCAAAGGGACUGGAGACCAAGAUGGAGGCUUCACACAUGACACAGCAGGCUGCAGGAAGCUCGACUGAAACAAUGCAAAAAGCAGAUGCAGAAUCAGCCAAGGAGGCUUCCAGAAGCAACAAGGCGCCUGCCACUCGUCCGACUGUUGGGGAGACGGCAGAGAAGACCCUGCAUCAAUCCAGAAUACCGUGCCUCAAGCUGAAAACCUGCUUUUCUCCAAAGUUUAUGUUACUUGGUCAGAAGCAGAUGUUAAUAACCAACCUGCCGGAGUAUCACGACGGCUGCUACACAGAGGAAGACCUCGCCAGACUGCUCAUACCCUUUGGGUUUGAAUAUGCAGAAGACAGCAUCUAUGUUAUUCCUCAGUCGUGCAUGGCCUUCGUCUUCAUGCCAUCAGUGGAGGAGGCGUUCAACGUACUGAAAGCCUCCUUGAGGAAGGGCAUUUUUUUGAUAGAGUCGAAACUAUCUUUCCGUAUUUUAGCUCACAGCUUUAAAUUGUCACCGUUCUGGUUUUAUAAAGCAAUGAUGAGGCUGCUGCGUUAUCGGGUGAUGGAUGACGGAGCAAAAACAAUCUUCAUCAAGAACAUUUCAUGGAGUGAGACCAGCGAGCUCAGAAACUCUUUGAACAAAAUCCAAUCUGUCAAGAACUUCUUUCCUCUCCUCAACAAGGCAUUUGUAGAAUUUGCAUCUGUUUGCCAUGCUGAUCGACUCGGAGUCUGGUACAGUUUCCUGAAACACCCCCCCGAUCACAAAAUCUACAGGCUGAAGAUACCAUUCAUUGGUCAUGUUGUACUACAACAACCAAGAGUUCCUGAGAACGCUCUGCCUCACAGCAAGGAUGCUGUUACCGGGGCAACUAUCCCAUCAAUGGAGUUUGGCAUACCACCGGACAGCAUUGGACCAUUCUGGGUCACGCUGAGAUCUCAUCCCUUCAUUUUCCCGACCAGGUCUCCUUGGUUCAUCAUCCCAAAUUACCUGACAGUCGAAGGACCCGAUGAUAUUGAGGAGGCCAAUCGUGGCUCCAAGUUCCCAACCAUCAUGUUGACCGGUUUGCCAGGGGACUACAAGCACGAGGACGUGGCCAAGCUGGUCUGGCAUUAUUUCCCCAAACAGAACCUCCACUCCCUGUACUACAACGUGGCGGUCUUACCUCUGCAGAGGAGGGCCUUCGUGUUUUUCGCCGAUUGGACUUCGUGCUGCAAUUUUGUCCAAAAUCACAUCCUGGAUCCAGUUUCUGUACAAUCCUGCCCGCUCAGUGUUCACUUCGUCUUGGAACACAUACAUCCCGCAUCCAGUGAGGAGAUGAUGUACACAACUCUGAUGAAGUGGAGCAACGCUGGAGUUCCAGAGCAGAAGUCUCUGGAGGAGCGGUUGCUGUGUGUGACGACUUCUGAGACGUCUCUGGCUGUCGUCGGGAUGGUCAUGGAAGCGGUGGCGUCCACUGCGUCCUUUGUCGGCUUCCUGCCGCUCGCCAACAGGAUAUGCAUUGAGAUGACUGACUCCAGCGCUGUAACCAAGGUGGUGGAGAAAUACAACAGUUUCUUACCAGACUCGGAAAGUCAAGAAGCUUGGAGUAAAGUUCAACAUUUUGAGCCUUUGAAGAGCCUAAAACAGCGUCUCCAAGAUUCUAGUGAGAUCAAAAACUUGGACGCCAUCAACAUCAAUGUCAAAGCCAAGCCCCCAGCUGUGAAAUGUCCAACACAGCCCUCUUUAUCGGAACUCCCAGAUAACGGGUCACAACCUGAUCAGCAAACCAGUGGCUCUGGUGGAUCCACCAUUACUGAGCCCAUCACAGCAGCACCAAGUGCUAGUGCUGCGAGUGACGUGGCAAUAAAGAAGGACGACGAGAAACCAGGAACAGAGUUUCCCACGGACUCCACAUCUGGCCCUGAGGCAAAUGAAGAUGUGACCCCUUCCUCUGCAGUCAGCGGUGGAAACGCAGUCCCAGCUGCUUCCAGUCCGGCCCCAUCGGCCACAGGGCUCGUGCCUGAAAAGAAGUUUGCAGCACUUCCUCAGAUUGACGCUGACAUUUUCAAGGCCAUCACGGCGGCAGUUCGUAGCCACAGGCUCACCCGAGAGAGCAGUUCCAAGAGUGAGGAGAAGGAGAUUCCCAGCAAAAGCACCACAAGCUCUGGACCUGCAACGGCUGAACACGCACCGCAAAGAAAGGGUCAGGAAGAUUUUACAAAAGACGUCGUCUUAUCAGAUGCUUGUCGUUUUGAUGAGCUAAAUUUCAACAUGGAUGACUUUGUCACCGUCGACGAAGUCGGUGAUGACCUGGGUGACGCAACCCCCAAGCCGCAUAGCUCCUCCUCAUCCAAGCCGUCCUCCAGAGCGAGAAGAAAGAGCCGAAGCUCAGGAGUGUUGCCUGCUGGGAAACGGAUCUCAACGAGGUCUUCAAAAGACUCUAAGACCACAGUCUCUUCCUCAUCCUACUCAUCCAAGUCGAUUAAAGACUUAAGCUCUUCGGGCUCUGCGUCACCAAAAAAGUCCAAGUACUCAUUUGAGCCUACCAAAUCCCCUACCAAACCCUCGGCCUCUGCCAGUGCCGGUAAGGCCUCCCCCUCUUCUUCUCCACUCUCUACUGAAACCCCUUCUGCCCCUGGUCAGAAAACACAACAGAGCAAAACACCAUCUCCAGCCAAAGCAUCCAAUACCGCAUCCUCUGGUUCAACUACCCGCUCCUCCUCCGCUGCACGUGAAACAAAAAAUGUAACAUCAGCAGCAACAAUCUCAAUGGGAGAUCGUUCUGAGCUGCCUAAAGAAGAAAAAGACACAGAGUGCACUGAGGCAACGUCUGACCACAAAGUGUCAGAAGAAGGCAUUACUGCAGAAACUGUUGAGUCAGAGACAAAAAUGGAAAGCUCAUCAGAGAUUCAUCCACCUCAACAGGAACUUGGGUUGGAGUUGAGCCAAGCUCAGAGUCCUGAGAUUGCUAUCAAUGUCAACGCACUUGAAGAGCAGAAGAAAAGCAAAGAAGAUGAUGUUGACAAACAAGAGGAUAAAAGUUACCAAAUUCUUGAUUCGCUUGAUGACCAAACGGAUGAACCGAUGGAUGAUGGGGUCCAUGCCAGCAGCUCUGAAGCCCAGCUAAGUGGACCUAAAGGAGACCAGGCUUUGCAUGAGGAAAGCUUUCAGGUCUCGGACAGUGUGGACGAUGAAGUCAAAGCCUGCAAACCGGAGUGCAAUGAAAUGGACGGUUCUCUCCAAAUGUUGGACAGUGUUACCGAAGGCGAGGCAGCUACAGGUCAAGAGGAAAGUCGCCUGGAUCAAGAUGACGGGUCCACAGUAAAGCCACUGUCUGAGGAUCACGAGACAAGUAAUGUAGAUACUUUCCAGGUGUUAGAUACCGGUGUUCAUACUCCAACGGACAUGGGAGAUGGGGAGAAGGGAAAAGAUGAGGAAGUCGAAGGCAAAAUGCUUCCUGCAGAGUCCUGCAAAACCUUCAAAGAUGUGGAUAAUCCUGAUAGCCAAGUUCCAAAUGAAGAGCAGCCUCUUCAAGACCCCAACAACAAAGACAUUUUAAAAGACCCAGAGAGUGAUGUUGCUGAACAGGAAACCUUUGAGAUAUUGGAUUCAAUUGAUGAUCUCACUUCAGCAGAAGAUGACAACCAGAACCUCGAAACUCCCAGUGAACACAUCUCUAAAGGAGACAUUAAGCCCAUGGAGGAAGAGGAAGACACCUAUCAGGUAAUUGAUUCUGUGGAAGAUCAGCCGAUGACUACAGAGUCGGAGACUGGCAGCAAAGGAAAGAGAAACAUGAGAGGGAAGGCGACUGCUAGAAAGGAUGAACGCCCAACAAAGAGGAGUGGCACUCCCACAAGCACAGCAUCCAAAAGCGAAGAGAAGGAGAAAUCGCCAAAGAAACCGGAGAGGACGGUUGCAAAAUACGAGACACGGACGAUGAUGGACCUCACCGCAAGAGACCUCUUCGUCACUGAGGACGUGGUGUAUAAGAUAGUCGAUUCUGUUGAAGAAGAACCGGUUCAGGAUGCUGCCACCACAGAAAUGUCUGGAAGAAGAAGAAGGAGUGCAAGAGGAAAGAAAGAGGAUAAAACGCCUGAAAAAACAGAAGAAGCAACGUACGAGAUUUUAGACUCUGUGGACGACGAAACUGCCAAUGAUGAACCGGCGGUCACGACGAGACCUACCAGAGGAAAAAGGGGAAGACCAGCUAAGAAAGAUGCUUCAAAUGAGAAAACCAAAACAGAAGAUACGCCAACAAGACGGAGGCAAACUCCUGUCAGAGAGUCACAGGAACGCAACAGGGAAAAAACACCAAAGAAAGAAGAGAAAGCUCCUCCAAAAGAGAGCACGCCUUCAAAGAAGAGCGAUACUGUUGUCGGUGAGUUAAGCGAGGAGGAUGCGACCGGUGAGGUAAUCGACUCCAUCGAGGACGAGCUUGUUCCAGAUGAUCAACCUGCUCCAAGAAGAAAAGGAGGAAGGGGAAGACCAAAGAAAGACGUUAAAACAACUAAAAAAGAUGUUGGCUUGACGUUGACGAAGGGUGAAAAAGACGCAUCGAUAAAAGUGACUGAGGAAGAAGAGGCGACAUAUCAGAUUCUUGAUUCUGUGGAGGGCGAGACGGUCGACGAGUCAAAAGAGAAACCUUUCGAAAGCAUCGACCAGCAAACCAAGAAAAGUGAAACUCCCCCGGGAUCACCCAAAAAUGAGGAGGACGAUGAGCCGAUGUAUCACAUCAUAGAUUCCCUGGAUGACGAUCAAGUUCAGGAACAGCUGACGCCCGUAGAGGACAGGGCAAAAGAAGAGUUAUCAGCUGGAAAAGACGACAAACCAACAUGUGUUAGCACAGUUGUGGAAGGGACCGAUGAAGUGGCUGUCGAGUCCAAUGAUCCACCUGCUGCAGACGGGUCUGGUGCGGAAAAUAAGGAAAGUACAACCAGAGCAGAUGUUCAGAAGGAGGACAAAUCAACAAGUAAAUUACUAAAGAGUGACACCGCCCUGCUGCAAACGGAGAACAAACAAAAAUCGCCCGAGAAAGAGGAGACAACAAUGAGCCCUCUGGUGAACCUGGACGAGGUGAGCGAGGAGGAGGAGGAUUACCCCGACGACGCGGCCGAGGAGGAAGAGCUGAGGAAGCGACAAGCCGCGGCAAAAGAGAAGCAGUCCGCCAGGGAGCGAGAAACGAGGAGGACCAGGGAGCGGGAGGAAAGGAGGUCCAGGGACACCGAGCAGAGGGAGCGAAGGAGCCGGAGCAGCAGUAGCAGCAGUAGAGGAGGAGGAGGAGGAGGUGGAGGUACGAGGAGGGGGAGGGAAAAGGAGGAGGAGACGGUGGCGGUAGUAGACCCAAAGAAGCUGGUGACUCUGGAUGAGGUGGGAGCGGAUGAUGCCGGAGAGGAAAGAGCGGCGGACGGCAAAGAGUCAGACGGGGAGAUCACGGAGGGAGAGCUGCAGACACUCGUCACUCUGGAUGAGUUCAUAGAAGAAGAGGAGGAGGAGGAGGACGACGGGAAGGCGGAGCCAAGCAGGGGAGAGACCGUCCCACCCAGCCAGGAGGACGAAUCAGUGGACUUCUUAAACCCAGAGACUCUGGUGACGUUGGAUGAAGCCGGCGAUGAUGAGGAAGAGAAGCCUGACGAAGAUCAAGCUGAGAAAACCCCGAGAUCUGCCAAACGCAGAAACGACGAUGACACAGAAGAAAGUAUGAACUUUGUGACGGUUGACGAGGUGGGAGAGGAGGAAGAGGAAAAGGAAGCGGUAAAAACCAAGACAAGAGGACGGCCCAAGAAGAGAACCAGACAAGCCCCUGUGAGGAAAUCUACCAGAGGGAAAAAAGUGACGGCAGAAGAAGAGAGAGAGGAAGAAAUGGAGCCAGCUGGAACCGAUGUUCUGCCUCCAACCGCACCCGAUGCCUCCUCGUCACGAGACAAAGAUCCGUCUACGUCGUCAAGUCUCGGCCAGUCGGAGAUCCAGAAGGCCGAGGUGGAAGAAGCCCACCAAGCCGACGUUGAAGCUACCUCUGCUGGACAGGAGAUGCAGCAGCUGGAGGAGCAUCCUGAGAACCAGACACUGGAGGGAGGUGUGGAGGAAGGAGAGGAGGAGAAGGAAGGAUGGAGCAGGGAGGACAUUAAAGUUUUGAGCAAACAGAGGAGGGAGCCUGUCGGACCUGAAGCGAAGCGAUCUCGCUCUCAGUCUCCGCGUGUCGCCGCCGACGUCAAACUGCCGCCAUUCCAACCCAACAACCCCCUCGGUCAGGAGUUUGUCGUCCCCAAGUCGGGGUAUUUCUGUAAUCUGUGCUCUGUUUUCUACCUGAACGAGAGCGCCGCCAGGGACCUCCACUGCAGCAGCCAGAGACACUAUGACAACCUGCAGAAACAUUUCCAGAAGCUUCGACAGAAACCAUCAAGAAGUUCCACACAAAGUUCUCAAGGCUCCGUUUCUGAUUGAUUCCAACUCUGACAUCUAACUCUUGUUUUAUUUUUAUUUUCUUGUCAAAAAUGUGGCAAAAUGUAAAGCUGGACCGGUGAAACAUCUGCAGCUUUACAAACCUCUGCAGAGGAGUUUAGUUGACAUAUCAAUUGUAUAAUAAUCAAUGUUGGUCAUAACUUACUGCUGUUUGGCACCUCUUUUUCAUAUUAAAUGUCUAAAUAUAACAUCAACCAUAAUACUAAAUGUAUAUUUUAGCAUCUGUUGUCUCAUUUCAAACUUAUUCUACUCAACUCUACAGUUCUGGUGCCUUGCUCUGUCUUUAGUUACACUGUUACAUUUAUCAGUUGUGUUGUUGAAAAUCCCGAAACACGUCAUUAUAAAGUUUGGAAUUUAACAAGAUGCCACAUGAACUCAUUGACUCAUCA